AUGAACUCAAGAAUCCUCUAUUGUGCUGUGUUUGCUUCGCUCGUGGUGUUGGCCAACUUUUUGUGUACUGUCGAGGUGGUCGAAAGCAGAAAACACUUGAAUAGAUUACCUCGCCUCAAUAUUGCCAAACAAUCGUUUGGUGUGAGUGGUUUGAGUGCGGGUGCCUUUAUGGCCGUACAAUUUCAAGUGGCCUUCUCCAAAUCUAUUUGUGGAGCAGGUGUGAUUGCUGGUGGUCCAUUCUUUUGCUCCUUCGGUAAUGUAUUGAUUGCCCUUAAUCAAUGUAUGAGAAUGCCCGAAAUGAUCGAUUUGUCCCUUAUCAAUGAUAUCGUUGAAGGCAUGAAAUUGGAUAAUCUCAUUGAUGAUACCUCCAAUUUGAGAAAUCAUCGCAUGUAUCUCUUCUCUGGUUUGGAAGAUGUGAUGGUUGUUCAGGGUGUAAUGAAAAAGCUCCAUCAACAACUCACCCAAUACUUUAACAUGAGCAACAUUGUUGCCGAUUGGAAUGUCCCAGCUGAACAUGCCAUGAUCACCAACGAUUACGGCAAUGUUUGUAAUUACCUCGGAGAGCCUUGGAUUAAUAAUUGUGGAUUGGACAGUGCUGGUAAGGUCCUGAAUGUCGUGAUGGGAGCCACUCUAAAGAAUGGCAGUAGCUAUGUGGAUGACAAUUUGUAUACCUUCUCUCAAACAGGAAAUUACUCAGCGUUGAGUUUUGAUGAUAAGGGUUAUGUCUAUAUUCCAACGGCUUGUCACGGAGGACGUGUUCAAUGUGCUGCUCAUUUGGUCUUCCAUGGAUGUAAUCAAGGUGCAAGAUACAUUGGAGAGACCUUUGUGAUUCAUUCUGGAUACUUGAAACAUGCAGAGGCUAAUAAUAUUAUCAUGCUAUUCCCUCAAGUGAAGAAGGAAGGUAUUAUUGAGCCUAAUCCUCAAGGAUGUUUCGAUUGGUUUGCCUAUACAGGACUUGACUUUGCAACAAAGAAGGGUGUUCAAAUGAGAGCAAUUGCAAACAUGAUGACUGAUUUGGGUGUUCAAAUUUACUGA